GACGACAAAGUAUCAACAAUACACGGAUUCAAGAAAACACAGGCUACACAGCCAUUCUAGUAAGGUGAGGUUUUUAAGGCAGAAUUUCAUCGAAAGUGGUAUGAAGAUACACUAAGACUGUAAUGAUUAGGCUAGUGAAAAUAUAAACUGGUUACUAAGGGUCUUCAAUGAAGAAGGUAUUCUUGUUUUCAAGCUUCCUUGAUAUUAUUCCUGAUUAUUUUUGUCCUUUUAGCACAGACCCCACAUUAGCCUACAGAGUGAAUUCAGCAUUGCUAAAGCUCCAGCAAGAUGGCAGAGGCUCUGAUUAAGGAGAUGGAAAAUCUGUUGGCCUCUAAGGAUCAGCAGCUGAAAAAAAUGAAAGUGCAACAUGAGCAAGCUGCAUGUGAUAUGACGUCCAGGCUGAGGGAGACGCAUGAACGAUUAUUAGGUCUACAAAGAGAAAAAAAGCAUUUAUUGACAGCCUUAGAAGGCCAGAGGUGCAAUGAAUGCUUCAGUGAGUAUAUGUCAAGUAUGCUGAAAACCCCUAAUAGACUGACAACAGAAAUAGAAGACAUGACCUUGUCUGGAGCACUCUCCACAGCUGUCUUUAAACAGAGGCUGUUGUCUGAACUGAGGACCCUGGCAGAUACCUGGAUGCUUGGAAAUGCUUCAGAAAAUACCUCAGUCAAAAUCCCUAGCGUUUUCCUGAAGUGGAGUGAAUUCCAAGGGAAUCAGGCCAUCCCCAGCGAUGACAGUCAGAAUCUCUGCCUUAGCAAGGACAUGAAUGCUCUUUUACAGCAGUAUAAGAUAAAGGAGGACACAAUUAAUCAAAAGUUUCAAGAAAAGAUUGAACAAAAGGAGGCAAAACUAUUAAAAGCUAAAAUUAAAGAGUUAGCCAAGCUUGAAAAAGAGAAAACAGAGAAAAUGGAAAAGAUUCAAAAGGCUGAGCUGAAGGAGGAGAAGAAAAGGCAGCUGAAAGAAAGGAAACAGAGAGAGCAAAUGGAGAAAAAGGAAGCUACAGAGCAGAAAAAGGCAGAAGCCAAACGGCAGCGUGAUUCAAAACGUGCCGAAAGAGAGCGCAGACGCCCGGAUGAAGCCCACUCCGGCUGGCGGAGAUUUUUCUGCUUCUAGGUCAACUGGGUCUCUCUCUCUCAACACCUGGAGUCCCACCACUCGCAGAACAUUCUGAUCUGAAAUACAUCAUUCCAAAUUUAAAUAAAGCAGCAAUGAGAAACA